AUGUGUCCUGUGUUGCUAUUGGUGGCUGUAAUAGUAGUGGGCGUGGCCAGAGGAGCUGAAAGUCAAUGCUGGGACCAUCCCGUCUGUCAGGAGGUCAACUCAGAGAGGAGCAUGAUGGAGUGUAUUCAGCUUUGCCACUUUGAAAACAACGAGAAGCCCAUCAUCCCUGGUGAUGCCCACCUGCAGCCUCCUCCCCCAUUGGGCCCUCUUUCUCUUUUACCUUUCCCUCCGCCCUUCUUCUCCUCUCCUCAGGCCAAACGCUCCUACUCCAUGGAGCAUUUCCGCUGGGGGAAGCCUGUUGGGCGAAAACGCCGCCCGAUAAAAAUCUAUACCACCAACGGUCUGGAGGAGGAGUCGGCGGAGCUUUUCCCCGGUGAGAUGAAAAAGCGGGAGCUCGCUGGUGAGAUGAUGACGAUGGACGAUAACGAGGGGAAGUUAGCAGAUGGUGGGCAGGAGGAGGUCCCAGAUGACAGCCAUGAGAAAAAAGAUGAAAUGUACAAGAUGAAGCACUUUCGCUGGGGCGGCCUGCCGGCAAGCAAGCGUUACGGCGGGUUCAUGAAGAGCUGGGACGAGCGCAGCCAGAGGCCGCUGAUCACGCUCUUCAAAAACGUCAUCAACAAAGAAGCCCAGGAGGAGAAGAGGGAGCAGUGA